CCGCCGUCAGCGCUGCGCGGUGGUCCUCCAUCAUCCAUUCACUGAGCGAAGUGUUUCAACGUUGUGUAGCACAUUUCCACAAGGAUACACGUCAACAUUUUCUUCUAACGGACAAAUACAACUCUGUGGUACCUGCAGCUUUAUUCAACGUUGCCCACUGACGGAAUGAAAAUGUAGUUGUUGUUUUUAUUAAGCGCAGGUUAGCUGUUAGCUUUGUUAGCCGCUCCGGCCCCGGUCGGCUGUAUGUGACCAGGAAGGCCGAGCACCUCUUUGUUUUUAGCCAUGUACCCCUCCUGGGGAAACUACAGCGGACCUCAGUCGCAGAACUAUGGAGGGCCUGGGCCCCGGAAGCAGCCGGCUGCCGGUAACAGCGGGCAGCCUGCUGCCGGGUUCGGCAGUUUCGAGGCUGCGUCCGGCGGCUCGCUGUUCUCCAGCCUGCAGGAGCAGCACCUCCAGCAGAUGCAGCAGCUGCAGAUGCUGCACCAGAAGCAGCUCCAGUCGGUGUUACAUCACGGCAACAAUGCUGCUCCGUACGGCGGCGGACACCCAGGUGGGUUCUCGGGGUCAUCGUGGCAUUCAGAGGGAUCAGGGCAGUUCGACGGCGGCGCAGGUCCUCAGUCGUACUACAAACAGGACGAGACGCAGCCCGGUGGAGUCCCUCCUGCUCCCAAACCGGGGCUACACCAGCAGCCUCCUCCGCCUCCACCACAGCCGCACUCCGCCGAGCCUAAAUCUGUUCCUCCUCCUCCAGAGCCCCAGUCAGCAAAGCCUCCUGAGAAUAACGGCGCUGCCAAACCUAAAGAGGCCAUCAAGAACGAGUCAUCCACGUCAGAGGACGAGAAGUCCUUACCUUUACAGGAGCAGCAGCAGCUUUGGUACAAAAAGCAUCUUCAGAAUCUACAGAAACUGAAGCAGGAGAAAGCCAAACAGAAUCAGAAAGACGGCGAUGGUUCUGCAGGCCGAACAGUACCUCCUCCCCUUCCGUCAGAUCCACCGAAAAAUGCACCUCCUCCACCCCCUCCGAAAGAGGAACCCCCAGUGCCCCCUCCACCGCCUGAAGAAGGACGGCCUGAAGUCCCAAAAGACCCAGAGGAAGCUGCCCGCCUCCAGCAGUUACAGGCUGCAGCAGCACAGUGGCAGCAGGUGCAACAGCAGAGAGCAGGCUUACAAUACCAGGCUCUAAUGCAACAACACGAAAAGCUCCAGCAGAUCUUGGAACAAUAUCAAAAGCUGAUCCAGCAACCUUCAAACCUACAGUCGAUGUCUGCUGAAAUGCAGCUGAGGCACUAUGAAAUGCAACAGCAGCAGUUCACCCCUUUAUUCCAAGACUGGGAUCGCUGCUUCGUCUUAUGGUAUGAGCAGUUCCAGACUUAUCCCCACAAAGACCAAUUGCAAGACUAUGAGCACCAAUGGAAACAAUGGCAGGAGCAGAUGAACGCCACGAACGCCCACCUACAAGAAAGGGUGGCCACUCUUACUGCCAUGGUGCCAUUCGCCUCAAGCCAGUAUAACAGUGGAAUGAUGGGACAGUUUGGCCAGUUCCCUGGACAAGAUAUGCAAAGGCAGCAGCAGUCAGCUAACCCAGGUAUGCAGCAGUCCCCAGGUGCUAGUGGACCAAAGCCUCAAGGUUCACAGCCCACUGGCUUUGGGACACAUCCAGAUUCACCUGCUGGACCCACUAUGAGAGGAAGUGGCCUUGCUGACACUGGAGUCAGACCCCCAGUUCCCCCAAUUGUUCCGCCACCAAGCUUCAACAGCAUUAGAGGUCCACGGCCAAACAUCCCCAGAUUUGACCAACCACACCGCUUUGAUGGUCCCCCCAGAUUUGACACACCAAGGCAGCGCUUUGAUGGACCCCCUAGAUUUGACCAACCUCGAUUUGGGCAACAGCCUAGGUUUGAGACUGCAAGGCAUGCUGGCCCUUCACCUCGUUUUGAACGUCCACCCGUACCUCAGCAAGGUCCCCAACCUAAGGCAGAAUCAGGCACUCCACAGCUUGCUAGUGUAGAAACCAAGACACAGGGAAAAUCAAUAAGUCAGUCACAGUCUGAAAAAGAAAAAGGUGAAUUGGAACCCGUUGAUAAGACCAGUGCUGAAGACAUGACAGAUGACAACUUGCUUGAAAACGAGGGCUUUUUUGUCCAAAAUGACCCUAUUCCUCAGACAGUAAAAACAAGCACUGAACCUCAGGUAUCAGAUGGCAAAAACACUUCUGAUAAUAAUGAGAAAUCCCAACCUGUUAAUAGCAAGCCUUCUGUAGAGGCUCCUUCCAAUGUGGUCUCAAAAACACCUGCACAAAAUCCCCCCAAACCAGAUGGAUCGUUGUCAAGCAGCAAACCACCAAUGAUUCCAAAGUCAUCUGGAAUCCAAUCAGAGCCUCAAGGUCCUGGCCAAAUGCAGUCACGACCAGAGCCUCUAAGGCCUGGCCCUGGUAGGGGGCGAGGCCAGCCCCCCUUGCCUGUCCAAAUACAUGGUCGAGGACGUGGGUUGAGGCCGUGUGGAGAGUUUGGGGGACCAAACGCUGGGCCAGUUGGGGAGGAAAUAGGAGAAAUGCCUUAUGAAUAUGACAGAGCUGAAGAGAACUUGGGGAUGACAGAGGAGCAAGACGACUAUCACUGGCAAGACCCAUCAUAUGAGGAGUUUGGUGGUGAGGAAUCAGAGGUUCCUCCUGAAGAAAUGUGGAUGCCAGAAGAGCAUCACUUCCCAGAGGAAGAGUAUUAUGAAGAGCCAAUAGGAGGACCCCACAUGGGUAGGGGCGGACACCCAAUGAUGAGAGGUGGACCCCCAAUGAUGAGAGGAGGUCCACCUAUAGGUAGAGGUGGUCAUCCUAUGGGAAGAGGAGGGCCACCAAUGAUGAGAGGUGGACCACCUAUGGGGCGAGGAGGUCCACCCAUGGGUAGAGGGGGACCUCCUAUGGGGCGAGGAGGUCCACCCAUGGGUAGAGGUGGGCCACCUAUGGGUAGAGGAGGCCCCCCAAUGGGAAGAGGUGGUCCGCCCAUGGGAAGAGGAGGAGCACCUAUUGGAAGAGGAGAGCCAAUGGACAGGCACUGGGAAGAGCCAGAGUCAACUGAGUACUCGGAGGAGGGGGACCCUUACUGGAGAGAAAGGAGACCUCCAAUGAGAGGCAUGAGACCCCCAUUUCCACCUGGCCGGGGUCGCCCCCCUCGUGGCCACCCUGGUUUCAUGCACCCAGGGCGUGGCCGUCCCCCUCACACACCACAUGGACCAAUGGAUCACGAGGCAUUAGGCCAUGGCAUGGAUGGUGAUGAGACCAAAAUGGAUCCAUCAAUGCACCCUAUGUACCAUGGACAUGACCCUCAUAGCCAUCCAAUGCAUCCUGAUGCAGGAAGAGGCAGGCGUCGUGUGCCGCCACCACCUCACGAAAUGAUAGAUCCCACAGAAGAGCCAUUGUACGAUGAAGGAAGGGAGCAAGAAUUAGGUUGGCAACCACCACAUGGCAGAGGCCCACCACCACCUCCACAUGAGAUGAUGGAUAGAGGAGGGAUAAGGAGGAGACCUAUGGGUCGAGGAAUGGCACGGGGCAUGUGGCGACCAGGUCCAAGACAUGAGGAAUAUGAAGAAGGAUAUAGCGAAGGUUACGCUGUGGAUUAUGAUCAUGGGGAAGAUGGGUAUCACUGGCGGCCACCACAGGACUACCCUUCUGAUGACUAUCGUCGUGAUGGCAAAUUCUUUGACUCUGAGUGGGACAGAGAACAUGCUCCUCCUGAGAGGGACUAUCCUCCCCGAAUGCCACCGCCAGAGCCCUUUAGGGAUGGCCGAUGGCAAGAGGAAAGAGAAAGAGGUCCCCAGUAUUCAUAUGAGGAACGUGACAGGGGACGAGGAGAGCUUAGGAUUCGUGAAUACAGGGAUGAGCCACCAUACCGGCAAGAUGAGCCCCCAUACCCAACCCCGUCAGACUGGGAAAGGCCUUCCAGGCUUCCUCCACCACCAGAUAGAGGGUAUCCUCCUGACUAUCAAGAUCCUCGAGCUCGCUAUGAGGAGACUAGGGAAAAACUUCCUUUAGAAAUGCCACAUGCACCACCUGCUGCACCUGUCACAAAUUUGCCUGAAAGUUCAGCUGAACCUGCACCCCAUGGACCGGUUGGAGCAAAUGUACUUGCCCUCUCCCAGCGUCAGCAUGAGAUCAUCCUAAAAGCUGCUCAAGAGCUUAAAUUAAUAAGGGAAUUGCAGGAGGCGAAGACGCCUGGUACUGAACCUCAGCCUACACCAACUGAGAUGAUGCCAGAACUACCAACUGGACUUCUUAAUUUGGAGAUCCCACAAGAUGUCAGGAAUGUUCUGAAGGGUAUGAGUGUAGCAGCACAGACAACUGCAAAUGAACCAGCAUCUUGGGACAGCAAACCUGCAACAGAUUACCAUCCAUCUCUCCCUUCUGCAUCCAUACCUUCAAUGAUCCCAAAGACUGUUGAUUAUGGGCAUGGACAUGAGCCCGGAACUACUGUUGAGCGGAUUUCUUACGGUGAAAGGAUUGUGUUGAGGCCUGAUCCAGUGCCAGCAGACCGAGGCUAUGAAAAAGAACCUCUUCGUCUCAGAGAUCCUUAUAGCAGAGACCCGUACUAUGAAAGGCGAUCAGACCCCUACCUGGACCGCCGGGAGUACAGCAGAGAGAGGGAAUUGUACAGAGAGAAGCCUCCACCUGAAUAUGAAAGAGAAAGAUUUGAAAGGGAGCGCUAUCCCCCACCAAGAGAUAGAGAUGACAGAUCUCCGCUGGCGCCUCCUCUACGCUCAGGAUACAGGGAGCGAGACCGGGAUGUUCGAGAGCGGGACCGAAGUGGAAGUCGCGAUGCAGAUGAACAUUAUGGAAGACCUGCUUACGAUAGACCUCCAUAUGAGCGGGCUGGACUUGACCGCGGCGGGCCUGAGCGUUUCAGCCAUAGCUCCUCACCUUACAUGGACAGAAGAACUUACCCAGAAGACAGAGGGCCUCCCACUGCACCAGCCCUCCCACCUCCAGCGCAGCCGCCUCCAAGAGUCGAGAAGAAGCCGGAAAUCAAGAACAUCGACGAUAUCCUUAAACCACCUGGCAGAUUAUCUCGGCCUGAAAGGAUUGUCAUCAUAAUGAGAGGGCUUCCCGGGAGUGGAAAGAGCCAUGUUGCAAAGCUCAUACGGGACAAGGAAGUUGAUUGUGGCGGUGCACCUCCAAGAGUCCUUGUUCUGGAUGACUAUUUCAUGACGGAGGUUGAGAAAGUUGAGAAAGACCCAGACACUGGCAGGAGGGUCAAAAACAAGGUCCUUGAAUACGAGUAUGAGCCAGAGAUGGAGGAUACCUACCGGAGCAGCAUGCUCAAGACUUUUAAGAAAACUCUGGAUGACGGCUUUUUCCCCUUCAUCAUUUUAGACACUAUUAAUGACAGGGUUAAACAUUUUGAUCAGUUCUGGAGCGCAGCUAAAACUAAAGGCUUUGAGGUGUAUCUGGCUGAAAUCACGGCAGACACACAGACUUGUGCAAAGAGGAAUGUCCAUGGACGCACACUAAAGGAUAUACUGAAGAUGUCCAACAACUGGGAGCCUUCGCCUCGACACAUGGUCCGCUUGGAUGUCCGGUCCCUGCUUCAGGAUGCUGCUAUAGAGGAGGUUGAAAUGGAAGACUUUAAUCCUGACGACGAGCCCCAGGAACCCAAGAGAGAAGAGGAAGAAGAGGGUGAUAUGGUAGGACAUUAAAAGCUUCCAUUUAGCACAUAGCUGUCAAACCUCAUUUUCACUUGUUUCCCAUUAAUGACGUAAAGUUUAUCCAGUCCGUUGAUAUUUUUAAAUCAUGUUGUUUGUUGUACAGGUGAGUUUUAAUCCUCAUCAAAAUGACACAACAGGUGAAUUGCAUGUCACAUUUAGUGACAUUUAGAUAGUUUAUUCUCAUAAUUAUUAGUUUUACUGUGAAGACCCGAGUGAAGAUCAGUUUUCUUACUCUAGUGUUAAAUCAUGAUAUCUGGUAUCUCGGGCCAAGUGGCACAGGAAAGCCAAAACUUUAUGAGAUUAUGGAGAGAAACUUAACAAGUUUCUCUAGUUUUUUAGCAUCACUUUCAUACAGGAGGUUCUUAAUUUUGACAAUAUUGAACAGGUGAAAGACGACCUCCAUAGAGACUUGUUUUGUGUGUGAGCUAAGGAGCAUAUCCUAGUAACUCCAAUGUUCCUCACUAGUGCUGGAGGUCGAGGCAAUGCCGUCAGGAACAGAGGAGGAAGCUUGGCAUUUAAUGAAGUCAUAUCACAAACUACAAACGCUGCGGUUCAACAGCA